AAGACACUUGGUACUCAAGCUCUGGACUAAGGAGAACCUGAACCUAAGACUUCAGCAUAAUGUCUUACCAACAGCAGCAGUGCAAGCAGCCUUGCCAGCCUCCUCCUGUGUGCCCACCCCCUCAGUGCCCAGAGCCUUGUCCUCCCCCAAAGUGCCCAGAGCCUUGUCCUCCCCCAAAGUGCACUGAGCCUUGUCCUCCCCCAAAGUGCCCAGAGCCUUGUCCUCCCCCAAAGUGCCCAGAGCCUUGUCCUCCCCCAAAGUGCCCAGAGCCUUGUCCUCCCCCAAAGUGCACUGAGCCAUGUCCCCCUCCCUCAUACCAGCAGAAAUGCCCUUCUGUGCAACCUUCUCCACCAUGUCAACAGAAGUGUCCACCCAAGAACAAAUGAGGUCCUCAGCAGUCAUCAUGACAAGGGGAAGAGAAGAGUAUCCAUCUCAUGUACUUCCAUAGCAACACCUCCAUCUUCCCUCCAAAGCCAUUCAUGGAUGCCAAGAAACCCCUGUACUUCAGCCUUCCACCUCCAUGUGCCUGUGAUAACUCCUGAAAGGAAAGUCAUUUCCCUGUUUUUGCUGUCAAGCAGAUACUGAGAAUAGUCCUUCCUCAGCGCUUCACUGUCCCAGAUGCUCAGAAGGAAGAGUUGCAGCAGUCUACCCUGUUCCCACCCAGGACAUUUUUCAAAUCUUUCUGACAUUUUGCCAUAGUAGUGGUCAUUGUUUCUUAUUUCCUGAAUAAAAAGAACAAUCUUGUUGAUUGU